GGCGCUCUGCGCUGUUCAAAUUUCUGCCCCUUCUUCUCUGGACGAUCUCUCAAAUCUCUCAUUCUCAGCGAGUGGAGAUGCCUCGCCUCUUGUCGCCGCCGCCUCGGACCGAGGUCGCCUCUUGUGGCUCUCUGCUUCGAGAGCUACAGGAUUUAUGGAAUGAAAUAGGAGAGAAAGACAUUGAAAGAGACAGGGCUAUACUGCAGCUUGAACAAGAAUGUCUUGAUCUGUACAGGAGAGAAGUAGACAAAACCAGAAAACAUAUGGCAGAGCUACACCAGAUGUUGGUGGAGGGCAAAGCAGAUAUAUCUAGUCUUAUAUCCACACUUGGAGAACAACGAGAAUCAUUUGUGCAUAUAGAAAAUGCAGCAGGCGCACUCAGGGAACAGUUGGCGAUGAUAAAACCAUUGCUGGAGGAUUUAAGAAAGAUGAAAGAAGAAAGAAUCAAGGAAUUCCAAGAUGUUCAAUCACAAAUUGCAUGGGUAUGUUCUGAAAUGUCUGGUAACAUCUAUCAUGGAAGUUCCAUCUCUUCUCAGGUAGAUGAACAAGAUUUGACAAUUAAAAGAUUGGGAGAUCUGAAGUCCCAACUUCUUGAACUUCAACAAGAAAAGAAUUUGCGCUUCCAGAAGGUUAAUAUCUACACCAAGCAAGUUCUUGAUUUAUCAGUUGUAUUAUCUAUUGACUUCAAUAAGAUGAUACAUGAAGUGCAUCAAAAUUUUGGUGAUUCUGCAAUCAAUCAGACAAGAAGCAUAAGCAAUGACAUCCUUUCUAGACUAGCAGGAAUUGUUCAUUCACUAAAUCAAGAAAAGAAACAGAGGUUGCAAAAGCUUCAAAAUUUAGGGGCUACACUCAUAGAGUUAUGGAAUCUCAUGGACACACCCGUCAAUGAGCGAGAAAGAUUUGACCAUGUAACCUGCAUGAUAUCUGCUUCCGUUGAUUCAGUACUUGGCCAGGGAUGCCUCGCACAUGAUGUAAUUGAGAAGGUUGAGAUCGAAGUUGAAAGAUUGAAUGCGUUAAAAGUUGUCAAGAUGAAAGAAAUUCUUUUAAGGAAGCAAAAUGAACUCGAUGAAAUUUACAAAAGUGUUCACAUGGAUAUCGAUUUUGAAAGAACAAGGAAAAUGCUCGUCAACCUCAUUGAUUCUGGGAAGGAAGAUCUAUUUGACCUACUCUCAAGCAUGGAUAACCAGAUACAAAAGGCUAAAGAGCAAGCUCUAAGUCGAAAAGACAUUUUGGAAAAGGUGGAUAAAUGGAAAUAUGCAUCUGAGGAGGAAAAAUGGCUUGAUAAUUAUGAGAAGGAUGAAAAUCGCUAUUCUACUGGCCGAGGAGUUCAUAAGAAUCUUAAACGUGCAGAAAAGGCUCGGAUACUGAUGAAUAAGAUACCUGCUCUGUUAGAAAAUUUGAUUGCAAAAACAAAAGCGUGGGAGAGAGAACACGAAAUUCCAUUUAUGUAUUACAAGGCACGCUUGAUCGACAGCUUGGAAGAGCACUCCAGAUUGAGGCAGCAAAGGGAAGAGGAGAAACGACGAUCUCGGGAACAGAAGAGGCUAUCAGCGGCGGCGCCGGAAGCUCCGUUGGGAAGUAAGCCGAGUCCGUUGAGGCAAUUUCCGGCGAAGAAACCACUGGGCCAGAGCUCCAUCGCCAACAUGGCUUGUGGAACUCCUGUUUCCAGCGGCCGCCGUGUCGCUACUCCGUAUGGGCGCCAUGGAUUCGCAUCAUCUGGCGAGGAGAAGAAAGGUGGGAGAGGAAACGUAGUUGCUCCUGUAAACUACGUUUCCCUUCAGAAGGUGGAUGAAUCUUUGCCUCGCAACAACUCGUUGCUCGUUGUAUCGCCAUGAAUCUGUUGCUCGAGGUUCAUGGCCUUGUUCUGUUUGUUUGUAUGUUUGUUUGUUUGGCUAUUUAGAUCUUUUGGACCCGUUGAGAUUGAGUUUUAAGGUUGCUUAAAAAUAAUAAAUCAGGUAAUACUAAAUUAAAUUUA